AUAUGUAUGUACACAAAAUUUAUUCGUGAGCACAUAAAUAUUCCAUCCAAAAGUCUACAAAAUCUCAUACUUGACCUCGGAAAUUAUUACAUAAAAAUUUAAAUAAAUUGCAAAACAAGAGCGUUGAAACUGUUCAAAAAAUGUGUACACAAACUAAACUUGAACAAAAGUUUGCCUCAUUUACAGAACUAAUCGACCGAAUUAAUUUAAAAUAUGAAGAUUGUAAAUCGACAAUUGGAGGUGGUCCGAGUAACAUUUCGAACGGGGAGGAGUCCACCUAUAUUGAGAAAUUAGUCGAUUUGGCCAGCAAUGUGUAUAAUGUUCAAAAAUUUCUACGAUAUCUCGAAAACACCGUGCUUGCAGUCAAGGGCGGGCAGUGGAUCAUCUUUUGUUGGGCUUACGCUGAUAUCCUACACAAAGAAAAGGGUCAGCUCAAUCUUGCCAAAACAUGCCCAAAAGUGAAGGAAUUCUUCACCUUGUGCAUCCAACAUCACGUCGAGAGUUUACUCCAACUUCACGAAGUCAUGGUGAUGAUCGACCACACCGAAACGCUGGGUCCCCUGGAGGGGGCAAUUGUUAAAAAGGGUUUGAAGAAUUGCCCAUUAGAGGAAAUCAUUCUCACCACGGCAAAGACCUUUUCACGCCGGAAAAACCUCGCGAUAAGUCAAAUCGGUUCCGCCGCUUGCGGGUCUGGCAAACUAAGAGCUUCAAUCUUCGACUUCUACCCGCAACUACCCGUUCACCUUAAAUAUCCGGCAUGGGUCGGAGACCUCGAACCGUGGCAGAUGUUGAUGUGCGAUUGCCUCCUUUACCCCGCGGGCCUGGCGAAACUACCCGCCAAGCUCGCAGAAAUAGUGGAAAUGCCCAAAUUUGUAGACGCACCGGAUCCAUCCACCUCAAUUUGGGAAAUCUUGAAGCCAAUGUGCACCAGGGUUGGACCUCCACACGAGUCCGUCGUGGGGAUCACGUUACUCUGGAUGUACGUCGGCGUGUUAGAGCUGCGGAAGAAGUUCGGCCCGAUGGUACAAGCCAGAAGGGGACUGGAUGCCCGGGUAGCGGGGUUGUUUAAAAUUGCGGUGGCACGAGAUAAAUAUGAGAAUAGCGAGUACAUUAUAAACUUGUGGAAUGCGAUUUUGCGUCCGACAUCCUGGCCAGAGCAUAUCCCAUAUUGAACUUAACCCUUCCCCCGGAUGAAAUUAGCUACAAGCCGGAUAAAUUCUUUGCCGCUGUCGCCUCCAGAAUGUCAACCGAUGCAGCAAAUCAUGAACAUGUAAAUAUGUCACCAAUCGACAAUGCCAUGUGUUACAUCCGGAGCUUAUCAGUAGAAGGUCGCAGGUAGUCCCAGAUUUCGAUAUCCCUUUGGUAAGUAUGUUGUGGGACUCUAUGACCGUAAAGAAAGUGUGGAAAGAUUCCACUCCACGGGGCCAACUGUGUCCACCACACUCACCCAAAGGCGUGAAAACUGCAACAAUUUGCCCUAGAAAAGUCGAGUUUUGCUCAUAUUUUACAAGUAUUUAUAUCUCUGUGAUCCAACAUCGGUGCAUUAUAUUCAAUAGCAAUUACAGCUUCUUGGAAAAAAUUUUCGAUAUUUUUCAAGAUUUUCUGCCCAGGGGGAUUAUUUAAAACACUAGAAAUUGCAAAUGAGUCGAGUUUUCCAUUGGAUAUGUACGAUAGAGCAACUGUUUGAGAUCACAAAAACAUUUUCAAAAUCUGAGCAAAACUCGAUUUUUGGCGGUGAUUUUAAAUAGUAUGGCAAUUUUCGCAGUUUUGACCCAUUUGAGUGGGUGCGGGGGAUACGAUUGGCACCAUGUAAUCGAAUCUUUCUUCCGUUUUAGGUUUUAGUCCCAAAACAUAUUCAAAGUAGAUCGAAAUCUGGCGGUCACAACCUGUAACCUACUUCUGCUUAGUGACAAGAAAAAUGCUAUCGCAGGUCGGGGAAAACAUGAAUAAUGGAGAAGUUGACACACAACCGAAAGCUGAAGUGGGGACAAGUUCACUAACCCAACCAGUAUUUAACCCAGCCACAAAGAACGAUUCUUCUCCUCCACCCAAGAAGAAGAAAGGGAAAAAAUUGGCCAAGCCCGAGUCAGAAAAUGCCCGGAUAGUACAACUGGAAGAAGCAGACGAGAAGAAAGGUCAAUCCCCAGAAACUUCAACGCCGUCACGACAACCUACUGGUCACUGCGAGAAAGCAGACUUAACAGGAUCCGGUCCACUGGAGGAGCCGGAUAUAAAGGGAUCUGACACUUCUCCCUUCGGCUCUAAUGUUUUGUUAUUCGUGACGAACCCACACUCAGUCAUAAGACUGAAUCCGUCCCUUUUUCCGUCCGAAGGUGGUGCUUGGUCGACGACUAGUCUAAUGCCCCCGGAUGGGAGAAAUAGGUUGGAGAAAAAGGAUAUCGACCUUCUCGACCGUCCGCCACUUCCGGUCCUCCCAACGGUUCCGGCAGGCUGUACAGAAACCCUGCUUGGGAUCGAUUUCACCCCUGAAGAGUACCUCGAGCAGACGAUCGCAGAUCAUUAUUAUGCUCAAGGGAUCAAACUGGUAGAUGGCGUUAGACGAGUAGUGUUCUAUCAUCGACACAAUUUUUAAUGAUCCGCCCUUUUAAAAAUUAUGAUUGACAAAUAUGUAUUUAAAUGUAGUCUAGAUUCUAUAUUAUCGUGUAUUUAAGUGCACUGUGCUAGAUAAAGUUAGAGUCAAGUACGUUAACUUAAUAAAAAGCAAACAUUGUUCCAGAUAUAAGGCAGUUUAAUUAUAUUUAUUGAGCUUAGAGUGCAUUCACUUCGUAAAAUGGUAUCAAUAUUUUUAAGAGCGCCCAGAAUCUGCAAAAUAUUAGCGUUUAUUUAUGAUGCUGGUGAAUCAUAGGGAUUUUUUAGUGAUCGCAGUUCUCGGCAUGUGUCUAAAUUUUUUGCUAUUUGUAAUACAAUAAAUUAUCUACAAAUGUGAGAUUCGACUUUUUUAUAAGUUUAAAACAACUUGAAAAAAAAUAAAUUGGUUAAUUAAAAAUAA